AUGUUCCCGGAACAGGCAACGCGCUUAACUAAUCAACGCCCAGUAUCAAAAUCCAGCUCUCUUUCCGGACUCAAUCCAUAUGUCGAUGCCACCGGAAUUAUUCGAGUCGGUGGUCGAUUGCGGCAUUCCAGCCUUCCCGAAACAAGAAAACACCCGAUUAUUUUCCGGUCCCAUCCCGUCCUAUCGCUUAUAAUCGAUCACCAUCACGUGCGAACAAUGCACGGGGGUCCUCAACUAACGCUCGCGUCCCUGCGGCAACAGUACUGGAUCCUGCGUGCUCGCACGACAGUCCGCGCGGUACUCUACCGAUGUGUUCGCUGUGCUCGCGAAGCCGCUAAAAUACCAAACGAACUCAUGGGGGAUUUACCGGAACCACGUGUCAAUCGCGUCCCUCGCGCCUUCAUUAAUAGCGGCGUCGAUUACGCGGGUCCGAUCGCCUUACGAACUAACCCCGGCCGCGGGCAUAAAUCUCACAAGGCAUAUAUCGCGCUUUUCAUCUGCCUAACGACCAAAGCGAUACACCUAGAACUUGUAAGCGAUUACUCCUCAGCGACAUUUCGCGCGGCCUACCAUCGCUUCAUUUCGCGACGUGGUUUGCCAAAACACAUGUACUCGGAUAAUGGUACAACAUUCCGAGGCGCCGAACGCGAGAUGUCAGAGGCGUAUUCGCAGGCCAUACGUGAUCCAAACUUUCUAAACCGAUUAAGUAGCGACAAUACCUCGUGGCAUUUCUUGCCUCCCGCUGCCCCGCACUUCGGCGGGCUUUGGGAAGCCGCGGUGAAGAGCGUUAAAUAUCAUCUAACACGAUGCGUGGGAAAUCAUACUCUGACGUAUGAGGAGUUAACCACAGUGCUUUGUCGCAUUGAAGCGUGCCUGAAUUCUCGCCCGAUCGCCGCUUCGUCCGAUAAUCUGAACGAUUAUACCGCCUUAACGCCAGGGCACUUUUUGAUCGGGACACCUCUUAUAGCGCUACCUGAGCCGAACGUACUCGAAUUAAACGAACAGCGACUGUCCCGAUGGCAGUUAACCCAGCGCAUCGCCAAAGGUUUUUGGAAGUGUUGGCAGAAUGAUUACUUGCAGACCCUUCAACAACGCCCGAAGUGGCGAAUCGCGCAGAGGUUGGCCCGCGUAGGCCAAAUCGUAUUAAUCAGAAAUCCAUUGGCUCCACCGUGUCAAUGGGAGCUCGGGCGUAUUCGCGAAUGUCAUCCCGGCGCCGACGGCUUGACGCGCGUCGUGACGGUUCAAACUAGUCGCUCCGAAUACAAACGACCACUUACAAAAAUCUGCUUUUUACCGGUAACCAUUAAUGAGGAAAGCGAUAAACAUUCCGUCACGGCGGGCGGCACCAAUUAA